AUGGAUUUUGAAAAAUUAAUACUAGGAAUAGAUAUAGGAACAAGUUCAGUAAAAGUUUCACUUUUAGACAGCUGCACUUCAAAAUCUAUUUAUGCGAAAUCGGUCCCGACCAUAUCAAAAAUUAAUCCUAGUCAUCAAAAAGGUGACGAACAAGAUGUAGUCAAAAUUUUGAAAGCAAUGAAACAAUGUAUAAAAUCACCAGGAAAAAUGAUGGAAAAGGUAAAAGCAAUUGGUAUUUGUGGUCAAAUGCAUGGAAUAGUUUUCUGGGAUGAAAAAUUCGUACACAACUUUUGGGAUAGUGAGUUUACAAGCAAAACAGAUAAAUUUGUAUCUAAUUUAUAUACAUGGCAAGAUGCACGUACAGAUUUCCAAUUUUUGGCCAAACUGCCAAAACCUCAUUCUCAUUUAAAGGCAUACUCAGGUUAUGGAUGUAAUACCAUAUUUUGGUUAAAAGAAAAUCAACCAGAAAUAUUGAGUAAUUUUAAUCAGUGUGGCACAAUUCAAGAUUUAAUUGUAUCAAUACUUUGCAAUCAAGGAAAAUCAGUCAUGUCUACUCACAAUGCGGCAAGUUGGGGAUAUUUUAAUGUAACUGACUGUUCCUGGAAUAUAGAUAUUCUUACAGAAGCAAAUUUUCCAGUUCAUCUGUUACCAUCAGUUGUACAGCCUGGAAUAAAUGUAGGGACAUUAUAUGAAACACUUUAUAAUAUACCAAAAGGCGCGGUAGUUGGUGUUGCUCUUGGUGAUUUGCAAUGUUCAGUAAUAGCCACAUUAACAACAAUGACAGAUGCUGUAAUUAACAUUUCAACCUCUGCCCAAGUUGCAUUUAUUGCCAAAGAAAUUGAGACACAAUGUGACGGUGUUGAAUACUUUCCGUAUUUUGAGAACCACUUCUUGGCAGUAGCAGCUUCAUUGAAUGGUGGAAAUGUCUUAGACUCUUUUGUUAGAUCUGUGUUUAGCUGGGUAUCUGCUCUUGGAUUGACUAUAACUGAAGAUGAAUUAUGGAAUCGAUUGUUACAUUUAUCACCUGAAGAAAAUUUGACACCUCUUAUAGUAAACCCUUUAAUUUUUGGAGAAAGGCACAAUCCAACAACUUAUGGAUCAUUAAUAAAUGUUACAAAUAAUAACCUCACAUUAUCAGAAUUGUUUUCAGGUUUUUGCAAAGGAAUCAUUAAUAAUUUACUCAAAAUGAUGCCGAGAGAAAUGUUAUUGAAAGCUGGAAUUCAAAGAAUCAUAGGCUCAGGAUCAGUUAUAAACAAAAACCAUAUAAUAAAAACACAAAUAGAAACUUGUUAUAAUCUUCCACUGAGUGUAACAAUGUCAGAAGAUUCUGCUUUUGGUGCUGCUUUAGCAUUAUUGAAGAAUAAUCCUUCCUUAUUUAAUUAG